UACGUCAUCACAACAGGAAGCAUGAGAAUCAGGGGAAUAACGCAGGUUUACGGGCAGAAUGAACCAUUUAAACGCUCAGUAAAUCAGCUUGUCUGUUAGAAAAACGGUUUAUCUUCUGUCCGCGUCAAUGGACGUGAUUAAUGAACAACACAACUCUAUUAGCAGCCAAUAGGUACGGCGAACUAGGCUCAAACGCAUCGUCAGUUCACCUAUGAUGGAACGGGCGAUGGAGCAGCUCAAUGUACAGCUCAGCCGUCUGACCCGCUCCCUCCGCCGGGCCAGAACCGUGGAACUUCCAGAAGACAAUGAGACGGCAGUCUACACACUCAUGCCUAUGGUCAUGGCUGACCAGCACAGGUCUGUGUCAGAGUUGCUCCUCAACUCCAAGUUUGAUGUGAACUACGCCUUUGGACGAGUAAAGAGAAGCUUGCUACACAUUGCUGCCAACUGUGGGUCAGUGGAGUGUCUGGUUCUGCUGCUGAAGAGAGGAGCCAAUCCAAACUAUCAGGACAUCUCUGGCUGCACCCCUCUGCACCUCGCUGCUAGGAAUGGACAGAAGAAGUGCAUGGGCAAAUUAUUGGAAUAUAAUGCUGAUGUCAAUAUCUGCAACAAUGAGGGCUUGACUGCUAUCCACUGGUUGGCAGUCAAUGGCAGAACAGAGCUUCUGUAUGAUCUGGUCCAGCAUGUGUCUAAUGUGGAUGUGGAGGAUGCCAUGGGACAAACCGCGUUACAUGUAGCGUGUCAGAAUGGACACAAAACAACGGUGUUGUGUCUUCUGGACAGUGGAGCUGACAUCAACCGACCAAAUGUCUCUGGAGCCACACCUCUGUACUUUGCUUGCAGCCAUGGACAGAGGGACACUGCACAGAUCCUGCUCUCUCGUGGUGCCAAAUACCUUGCUGACAAAAAUGGAAUCACUCCAUUGGAUCUCUGUGUGCAGGGUGGAUAUGGGGAGACCUGUGAGAUUCUCAUCCAGCAUCAUGCUAGAUUGUUCCAGAUGCUAAUCCAGAUGACACAGAAUGAGGACGUUAAGGAGAAUAUGCUCAGGCAGGUUUUGGAGCAUGUGUCUCAGCAGAGUGAGAGUCACUAUCAGAAGGUUUUGAUCAGUCUCGCAGAAGUGGCGACCACCAAUGGACACAAACUUCUCAGUCUGUCCAGUAGUUAUGAAGCUCAGAUGAAAAGUCUUCUGAGAAUUGUUCGUAUUUUCUGCCACGUGUUUCGCCUCGGCCCUUCUCCUCACAACAAUGGCAACGAUAUGGGCUACAAUGGGAACAAGACGCCUCGGAGCCAGGUCUUUAAGCCGUUGGAGCUGCUAUGGCAUUCUCUUGAUGAGUGGCUGAUGCUAAUCUCUACAGAGCUGGAGAGAUCCACGAAGAACCCAUCUUCGUCUUCUUCCAGCAGUGAGAUAGCGUCCCUCCUGCUCAAGCAGCGGGAGUCAGACCCCUCCAGGACCACGCUCUCCUUGCUGGAGGGAGAAGCGUAUGUUGACGGGGAGGAUGUGAUCUCCAUGACAGCCAACCGGCUCAGUGCCGUUAUUCAGGCCUUCUACAUGAGCUGCUCGUGUCAGAUGCCACAGGGAAUGACCUCCCCGCGCUUUAUAGAGUUUGUCUGCAAGCAUGACGAGGUGCUGAAAUGUUUUGUAACCAGGAAUCCAAAGAUCAUCUUUAACCAUUUCCAUUUUCUGCUUGAGUGUCCAGAGCUGAUGUCACGUUUUAUGCACAUUAUUAAGAACCAGCCUUUUAAGGAUCGCUGUGAGUGGUUCUAUGAGCAUCUGCUGGCUGGCCAGCCAGACUCAGACAUGGUCCAUCGUCCUGUUAAUGAGAGCGACAUCCUUCUCAUCCACAGAGACUCCAUAUUCAGGAGCAGCUGUGAGAUGGUUUCCAAGUCCACUAAUGAGAAGCUCAAACAGGGUAUAGCUGUCCGCUUUCAUGGUGAGGAAGGCAUGGGCCAGGGUGUGGUUCGGGAAUGGUUUGACAUCCUGUCUAAUGAAAUCAUCAACCCUGACUACGCUCUGUUCACCCAGUCAGCUGAUGGUACAACCUUCCAGCCCAACAGCAACUCCUCGGUGAAUCCAGACCAUCUGAACUACUUCCAGUUUGCGGGUCAGAUUUUGGGUCUGGCUCUCUACCACCGGCAGCUGGUCAACAUCUACUUCACCCGCUCCUUCUACAAACACAUACUGGGUAUUCCAGUGAAUUAUCAGGAUGUGUCAUCUAUCGAUCCAGAGUAUGCUAAAAACCUGCAGUGGAUCUUGGAUAAUGACAUCAGUGACCUGGGUCUGGAGCUGACCUUUUCUGUGGAGACAGACGUGUUUUCACCACUAAACACAUCUUUAGCUCUGGUAUCUUGCAAUAUUGAAUGUUUUUCUCAGGCGGAGUACGUCCAGCUGGUGACGGAGCUGAGGAUGACACGAGCCAUCCAGCCUCAGAUAAAUGCCUUCUUGCAAGGAUUCCACACCUUCAUCCCUCCGUCGCUCAUCCAGCUUUUUGACGAAUAUGAAUUGGAGCUCCUGCUAUCAGGGAUGCCAGAGAUGGAUGUGGAGGAUUGGUGCAGAAACACCGAGUACACCAGCGGCUAUGACGCCAAAGAUCCUGUGAUCCAGUGGUUUUGGAAGGUGGUGAGGAGUCUCACCCAGGAGGAACGUGUCUUAUUGCUGCAGUUUGUCACUGGAAGUUCCAGGGUUCCUCAUGGUGGCUUUGCCUUUCUCAUGGGUGGCAGUGGUUUGCAGAAGUUCACCAUUGCUGCAGUGCCAUAUACCGCCAACUUGCUGCCUACUUCCAGCACCUGCAUCAACAUGCUGAAACUGCCAGAAUAUCCGAGCCAGGAGGUUCUCCGAGACCGACUGCUGGUAGCUCUGCACUGUGGGAGCUAUGGUUACACCAUGGCCUGAACACUCUGCUGUCAGGGCCUGAACACUCUGCUGUCAGGGCCUGAACACUCUGCUGUCAGGGCCUCCACUCCUGCACCGUUGCUAAUCUCUAACUGAAAUAGAGGUUGUUGUUGUUGUCAUCAUUGUUCUUAUUUUUUAAUAUAAUGCUGGGAAAACCUGUGGAACCACUGGUUCUGCACACUUUUACUUUUUUGACGCAUUGCAUCAGUAAAAUAGUAAUGUAAAUAUUUCAUCAUAUAAUUUACUGGUAAAUCAAUGCUGUUUAUGUUUAAAGACUUUAUGCAUAAGAUACACAAAAAUGGAAGGAAUCAAUGGGAAUGCUGAACAUUCCAUAUCAGAGGAGUUUGAGUAACUUUCUCAGGUUCCAGCAGUUGAUCAGUUUCACGUGCAAUCAUCUGUAAGUUUUUGCACUGUGGUGUUAUACUGUACUGUGGGCUGAAUAUAAAGAUAUUUGCAGGCAGAAGGGAACAAUGUGAUACAUUGAAUCCUGGUUUUGAAACAUCUACUGAGCAGAUACAAAAUGCCCAUCAAGUGUGUGUAAAUGGAUGAAUGCUUGGCACCACAAACUCCAGGGAACCAUUUCCUGGCUGAAAAAGUCAGGCACUACAUGACCAACUGGCACCAAGACCUCCUGGAAAAGCUGAUGUCAUCAUGUUCCUGAUGUCAGAAAGCAUUUCCAACCCAUCUUUAUUCUCUAUGUAUUGGUUUGCUAUAAUAGAAACCAUGUUUUGGUGUGCUGAUCACUGGUCUGGAGUUCAGCUCCCAUGUCAAGUGUUUGAAGAAAUGGAAAGCUUGUCAUGGUACAUGAACCUCUGAGGAUGAGAUCUGUUAGAGGAAACCAAAAUGAUGCUGAACAUUCAAGUUGUUCCACACAAAGAAAUCAAAUGUAGUUUUUUUUUUUUUUUUUUUUUUUUUAUUAUUAUUUAUUUAUUUUUAUACAGUAUAAUCAUGAAAAAUUCCAUAAAAUAAAUAUUUUAAGAAGUUUUAUUUGUCAGCGCCUUUCAAAACAUCCAUUCACCUGUUGUGUCUGAAUGCAUGAGAAGUGGCUGUUUUCUCCCACACUAAUCCUACUGGGAGCAUAGAAAGGAUUCAAGGACAUUUUCAUUCAGGUGUGUCUGUAGAAUUCAACUGUUUCCUCCUCAAAACGUUAUUCAGUCAUUCUCCCAACAGCAAUUUAAAAACUCAAUACCACCUAUAAAACCAUAUCAGCACUGACUGCUCUGAUCAAACUACAUGUCUACAAUUAAACUUGAAAACAGGAGGUGCUGCUGCUGCCUACAUUUAGCCCACAAACAUCCACCCAUAAACAAAGUGUCAUGUCAUGUUCUUGGUUUAUCUCUGGUUGAAAAUCUUCUGGCUGUUUUAAGGAUUUUAUUUUCCUGUGCUAGAGAAGAACUGAACUGACCUGUGUUGAUGAGUCCAAAGUGUUUUCCAUUUGUUGCCACAGCUGCUGGAGCUCUCUCAUCAUGUCAUGUGAUUGACUGUACACACUCAGACCAUUGCCUAUGUCUGAAAUGAAGACCAAUAUCCUAAGUGAAAGUCUUUUGUUUGUACUUGCCCAAACAUUUGGCUUGCAGUGCCAAAACAGGGAAAAUUCUUCCAUCUCUGUUAUUGUUGGUGUUGGUGCAAAAUCCUCCUGAAAAUGUGGGGAGGAUGUUGUAAAUAUGACACCUCCUUGUUUUCUCUCUAAAGGGAAUUAAGACAUUCAUUAAUAUACCGGUUCAUGUGUUAGUGUUGUUUUCAGUUCUUGCCUGAAAUGCUGAGGAUGUUGUAAGAGGAGUUUUUAUAAAUAUUGUACUGUACAUUUCUUCAACAGAAAAUUAUGUAUUUUACUUUGAAAUACUUGUAAUUAGAUUUCCUGAAAUAAAGGAAAUGAUUUGGCAACAAC